UGUCGUCACGGCGCAUCCGGACAGGUGCAUCUGCUUCUCACCAGCUUCAUCGCCAUCACCAUGACCACCAUCCGCGCCACAAACAAAAAUGGACAGAUUUGGCUACGACCCUACGGAGCCUUCUACCUGCCUCUUACAGGCCAGUGUUACGUCGUUGGUAGAGAUCGUCAACAGCAAGAAAUAGACUCUGAAUCUGGUCUUGUCGUGGAGUUUCUACGCGUCGCUCAAGAGGAGACGGUAAAUAUUGUUACUCUGGGCGUCGCCCUUCUUCUUCAAUUAUCUGCCGUCGAAAAACCCUGGUGUUUACGUUUUGCAACGGCUUAUCUCAAACUCUCAAGUCGCAUUCGACCCAGCCUCCCCGCAUGGUCUCCAAACCAUGUUGAAUCGGAUACACCGGAACAACGUCACACCGAUAGUUGUGGUACCUACGAGCUGCUUCCAGCUUCCCUCAUUCGAUUGCGUUCUCGACCGUCACCCAGUCAAUUAGCGCGCCUUCACCUCACCUACCUGGAAGUCCGUUUAGAUGCCUUGGCCUAUACGCAGUCUACUUCCAACAGACAUGCACCGUUGGAAGACCCUUUGAGUGCACUUGAUGAUGCGGUACUUGCGGACUCGAAAAGAUUUCACACCUCGGAUCAGACUAUUCCUCAUCAUGACCUCACCUUGCUGGUACGGGCAAUAAGUCGACUUCCUGAGGACUCGUUGGAGGCGCGCACCCUUCAAAUAAGAGUUGUCUGGAUGAACUAUGAGCUGAGCUCACUGGCUCAUGAUUACGAGGGCAUGAGGGAGUACCUCUUGCAGGUGAAAGAGUUUGUCUGUCAGAAUGGCCCAUUUCAUCGUGCCAGCUCCACGCGCAAUCAUCUCAUAAAUUCAGCCAGAAUUGGUGAGCUCUUGACUGAAGUUGAUGAUCUCGCAGCAGGAGACAGGCUCCUUGCUCUCUCGAACAUUGGUGAUUUUGAGGCCCUGAUUAGUUGUUUCGAAGAAUGCCUACGCUCCUGUUCGAUUGCCAAACGAAAAGUCUCUUCGUUUGCAUUCCGCUCCGGUCUAACCGCUCUGGAUGAAGCAUUACAUCUAGGCACGGUUGCCCUGGAUCUCCUGGUUAGGUGCUGGGACGUUGUAGUCUCUGUAAUGUCGACAUCCGACCUCCAGUCGGUGUUCGCAGAAGAAAAAGCUGAGGUGGAGGGGGAGUUACCGGCCAACAUGCUUGCUCAAUCCCACCUAUUUCGGUAUUGGUCGGAGUCAGCUUCUGGCGACCAGGGUAAGGUGCCAACUGCAUGUGAGUCGGAACAGGUUCCGCUCUCACUGACUUUUGGCCAUGUCUGCAGUGGCCUGCGUUUAGCCGUUGACUGGCUGGCCUGGCGACUCAAGGCUGUCGGCGUUCUGGGCCUUCAGUUACCCCCGGUGUCCCUCAGUUUGGUGGCAUCUGUCUACGAGAUGCUUUUUCAAUUGGAAUCGGAUCUUCCGCUCAACUACCUUCCAGAAAAAUUGGCUAUCUACCGAGCUCUCCUGGAUUUGCGAAAAACUCCGGAAAAUUCGCCGUAUGACUGGCAGAUUGCGGAAGUGGUCUUUUUGUUCUAUCAUCCCUCUGUCGUCCCUGAGUACGAUAGCCUGAAAACGAUGUCCAUUUCCGCUGAGCUUUCCGGUUGGUUGACUGAAGUUGUGAAGCUGCUGCCAACUGACAUUGAGGCACAACUUAUCCCUGAAGAUCAAAUAAAACUUUGUAUGAGCAGCCGAGGUCCUAUUCCACGGCAUAAUUUCCUACCCAGGUUAGCAAUCGAUUUCUAUGUACGGGACUUACGUGUAGAACCCCGGCAUGCGGACAGUUGGGCAUCUCUCGCGCUGAUCUACAGCAGCCAGUUGGAGCAAAUUCUGAACAUGACGGAUUUAAGGACUGAACGGGUCUCCUCGCGCUCAGUGUCAAAGUGCCUGCGGUGCUUCGAGGUUGCCAUCGAACUGCAACCCAGUUUUGUUACUCUUCUUACUGAACGGGGAUGUCUGGCCUAUCAACUUCAUUCGUAUGCUGCGCGUCUCCUCAAAAAGGCCUAUACAUUUAUUUGGGAAUUACAUAAAUCAACUAUGCUGGUUGGUGGACAGCGCCUGUUGGCUACAGCAGAAGCAGCUGCCACCAUCCUACGCAGACAGGGAUUGUGCGCUCAAAAGAAGUUUCUAACAGCGCCGCAGUUACGAUGGGCGAAGGUCGCCAAUCCAACCGCACACGCCUUAUUACCUGCAUCGGAACCGGGUCCCGAGACGGACAAGUCGCUACUUCAACCGCGCGCACCCCAUCACCUGUCUUGGCCGCCCGUCGGCCUAGACACUGACAUUUUGACCUCAAUUCCCCCCACCCCCACCGACCCUGACAACAACAGUAAUUCUUGGUUGGUUUAUUUCAUUACCAUAUAA